ACACCUCCCCAAUAUGAUUGGUUGUUCUUUCUGAAAGUUUUUUUUUUUAUUUUUUCCCCUCGAGGUGAAGGUGAAACUCGCUUUCUCGCCGCGAUGUCACUCCUCAGCACACGCACUCAGCUCUGCAGACGGCUGGCUCACAAGUAUGUGGCCAGGACCUACACGUCACGCUCGACUCUCAAUGAAGUUGUCAUUGUCAGUGCAGUGCGCACCCCUAUGGGGUCGUUUAAGGGCAGCCUCUCUACGCUUCCUGCAACCAAGCUGGGCUCCAUUGCCAUUAAAGGAGCAAUCGAGCAGGCAGGAAUCCCACCGGAGGAGGUGAAGGAGGUGUACAUGGGCAACGUGCUGCAGGCGGGUGAAGGGCAAGCUCCAACGCGACAAGCUCUACUAGGCGCUGGACUGCCUCUUGCCACUGAAGCAACGACAAUUAACAAAGUCUGUGCCUCGGGCAUGAAGUCCAUCAUGAUGGCAGCACAAAGUCUAAUGUGUGGGCACCAGGAUGUGAUGGUAGCAGGAGGCAUGGAGAGCAUGUCUCAGGUUCCUUAUGUGAUGGCGAGAGAGGCGCCUCCCUACGGCGGGGUGAAGAUGGAGGAUCUCAUCGUGAAGGACGGCCUUACGGAUGUCUACAACAAAUUUCACAUGGGGAACUGUGCAGAAAACACAGCCAAGAAAAGCAGCAUUUCCCGAGAGGAGCAGGACGCCUACGCCAUUAACUCGUACACGCGCAGCAAAGCAGCAUGGGAGUCGGGAAUCCUGGCCAAAGAGGUGGUUCCAGUUAGCAUCCCACAAAAAGGCAAGCCAGAUGUUGUCGUUAAGGAGGAUGAAGAGUGGAGGAAGGUGGAUUUUAGCAAAGUGCCCAAACUGAAGGCUGUCUUCCAGAAAGAGAAUGGUACAGUGACAGCGGCUAACGCUAGCACUCUGAAUGACGGCGCGGCUGCAGUUGUCCUCAUGACGGCAGACGCAGCAAAGAGACUCAAUGUCACACCACUGGCGAGGAUUGUGGGGUUUGCCGACGCUGCCGUGGCUCCUGUCGACUUCCCGAUCGCUCCAGCUUUCGCCAUGCCCAAGGUGCUCAGCGCGGCCGGGCUGAAGAAUGAGGAUGUGGCCAUGUGGGAAAUAAACGAGGCCUUCAGUGUGGUUGUUCUGGCCAACAUUAAGAUGCUGGACAUCGACCCAAGCAAAGUGAACGUCAACGGUGGAGCGGUGUCUCUCGGCCACCCAAUCGGAAUGUCUGGGACGAGGAUUGUGGGACACAUGGUGCACCAUCUGCAGCCUGGCCAAUACGGCCUGGCAGGCAUCUGCAACGGCGGGGGCGGAGCCUCGUCUAUCCUCAUCCAGAAAUUGUAGACUGUUUAUUCUCAUAUUCAACGUCUCUGAGGUCAAAUUACCAGACAGUACAACUCCGUAACCACAGCUCUUUGUGGUUAUAGUCACUCCGGAAUAGGUCACUCCCUCUGUCUGCAUCAGAGAGCUAUUUAAUGUGUCCGUUUUUUUUUUUUUUUUUUUAGUUGAACAUUUUAAACGUUCAUCAAGUAGCAUAUUUAUGAUUAGCAUUAUUUAAAGUUUCUUCUGAUUCUGUUUUCCAGUGUAGAGGUUAUUUUAAAAAAUGCUGAAGCUGCAAUAAAAGAGGUCACCAGUG